GGUCCCUUGUGAGCCGGCAAGAUUACUUACGGCUCAGCAAGGCAGCAUCGACGAAUGUGAAAGCUAAUCUGUCGGACCGAGCUUUGCUGGUAGAGGCGAUGCGAUACGCCAUUGAUCUCGGCCUCCGAUGAGGCCCGAGCUCUUGGGUUAUGCAGAAAGGCGUGGGGACGUCUUUACUGCUUUUGGAACCGGCAGCUCUCGGCGCUCGCACAGACGGGGCCAAGGUCGACUUUGAAGUGCAUGUAUUGAUAGGCACUCACAAGCGAGUCAGCUGUCAUGCUUGGCUUUGCCGCGACAGGCGGGCCAGGUGCCGCAUGAUGCCGAGAGCUACCCGAAGCAAAGCGUCAUCUGCGCAAAAUUGGACCUGGAUGAGAGAUAGAGCAUUCUGUGUAGAUGAGAAGUGAUAGUCAUGCCGCGACAGCACGAUGGUGCUCGCAUUGCGCAUCGUGCUCAUG